GGGGAGUGCUGUGGAGCGCGGGGCCUGACGGGACUUGUAGUCCUGGCUCGGUUAGGCCGCCAUGGAGCCGCUGUGCAUGACGGGGCUUGUAGGCUCAAAGUCGCUAAAAUGGCGCCGACACCAGGCCCCGCCUCCAGGUGCUGUUCCCGGGUGCUGAUUGGUUGCAGACGGUGAUGGGCGAGAGCCUCAGCCAAUGGGAGGCGGCGGAGGCGGGACCAGCCCAUUCAACCCCUCCAGUCUCUCCCAGUAAAGCCCAGUUCAUCCCAGUCCAGGCUAGUUCCUCCCAGUACAGCCCCAGUGCCCCUCCAGUCCCUCACAGUGCAGCCCAGUUUGCCCCUGUGCCUCCCAGUAUCUCCCAGUUCUACCAGUGCCACUCCCAGUUCGUCCCAGUCUAUCCCAAUUUGUCCCAGUGCAUCCCAGUGCCACUCCCAGUCUGUCCCAGUGCUCCCAGCAUCCCCCAGUGUCACUCCCGGUUCAUCCCAGUAUCCCCCAGUUCAUCCCAGUCCUUCCGCGGCCAAACCUCUGCCCCGCCCCCGUCUUUGGCCACGCCCCUUCCAUUGCCCCGCCCCCUCCCAGUUUCCCCCUCCCCCAUUUCCAGUUCCCGCGGCCGCUCUGGGAAGGGAUCAAAGGUCACAGAAUGGAGUGGGAACAGCUCCGGGCACUGGUGAUACUCGGAGUUCUUUCCCUGGCCAGAGGCGACGCCCCUGAUGCCUCCAGUCCCUUCCAGUUCGACUGGUGUCACCUGCGUGUCGGUGGCCUCACGGUGGCUGCGGUGCUGAGCGUGCUGGGGGUCGUCGUCCUGCUCAUGUCCCCUCUGUGUCCCCUCAGGUGGGAAGUGCAAGUGCCGGAGCAAGGCCAGGUGCCGCCACCCCCCCCCGGAGCUGUCACCUCUGGCUGGGACAGGAGCCUGAGCUGUCCCCAGGUGUCCCCAAAUGUCCCCAACAGGUGACACCGGAUGGGGGGGAGGGGUGGCGUUGAUGUCCCCGAAAUGUCCCCAAAUUGUCCCCAAAAUGUCCCCAAGAAAGGCAAUGAAUAAAAAUGGGUGAAAUAAAAA